AUGGAUUCGCUCAAAUUGCCUACAAAUGCCGCAGCAGCUUCGGCCUUCACUCAGGCUGGCUCCUUCUCCCUUCCACAGGGCCUUGACACUAAUGAGGCUAACAUGGUAAAGAAGGACGAUAUUGGCGUUAAGGAACCCAACGAUAUCGAUGACGAUACGGCCAUGUCGGGCAUUGUUCCUACUCUUCAGAAUAUAGUUGCAACUGUGAAUUUGGAUUGUCGCUUGGACUUGAAGACCAUUGCCUUGCAUGCUCGUAAUGCAGAGUACAAUCCAAAGCGUUUUGCUGCUGUUAUUAUGAGAAUCAGAGAACCAAAGACGACCGCUCUUAUCUUUGCUUCUGGUAAGAUGGUUGUGACUGGUGCCAAGUCUGAAGACGACUCCAAAUUGGCUUCCAGAAAGUAUGCCCGUAUCAUCCAAAAGUUGGGUUUCAAUGCCAAGUUCACUGACUUCAAGAUCCAGAAUAUUGUUGGCUCAUGUGACGUGAAGUUCCCCAUCAGAUUGGAAGGUUUGGCCUUCUCGCACGGAACUUUCUCGUCCUAUGAACCAGAGUUAUUCCCGGGCUUGAUUUACAGAAUGGUUAAGCCAAAGAUCGUCCUUUUAAUUUUCGUUUCCGGGAAGAUUGUUCUCACAGGUGCAAAGCAAAGAGAGGAGAUUUAUGCUGCUUUCGAGGCCAUUUACCCUGUGUUGAGUGAAUUCCGUAAAUCGUAA